CAGGUCCGCCUCGCCUUUAUCAGCUUGCUUGCUGCCUGCACUCUUUUCCUGGCCUGUCCUUUCACCAGCAGAAAUGCGGAAAAACCAGUUCUGUGGUUAAUUGCUGCACUUCCCUCCACGCCCAUGGGGCAGGUCUCCUCCUCCUUCUCCUCCUCACUCACAGUCCUGGUGCACUUCAGCCUCCAGCCUCUUUGCCAUUGCCAGCAUUGAGCUGGCUCAGGUUCGCUUGUACAGUCGCCUCCGAGCUCCUUCCAUUAGCCCUACGGCUUCUGCUUUCCCUUUCCCCUUCUGUCUGCCAGAGCUGUCUUUCUGGCAGCUCCUUCUCCCUGGGGCAACCCUGUGGGUUGGCCUGCAGGUGCAGAAGGUGCAGGCAGCCGCCCUCAGGGCCCUGCUCUGCCCUGCCCUGCCCUACCUGAAGGAGUAGAACUGGGACGUGAUGGCUGGAGGCAACGAGCGGAUCAUGAAGGCCCUGAAGGAGGUGUGGAGAAGAGCGGAAAACUCUUUUUGCGCCGACUGUGGGAAGCCAGAUCCUGACUGGGCGUCCUCUACUUUGGGUGUCUUUAUAUGCCUCAGCUGUUCAGGGAUUCAUCGCAACAUCCCUAGCAUCAGCAAAGUCAAAUCCCUGAAGCUGGACCAGUGGGAUGAUGCUCAGGUGCAGUUUCUGGCCAAGCAUGGGAAUGCCGUGACUAAAGCCACAUACGAAGCUCACAUCCCUAUUUACUAUUACCAGCCAACCUACAAUGACUGCCAAGUGCUGAGAGAACAGUGGAUCCGGGCCAAAUACGAACGCAAAGAGUUCACCGAGCCGGGAAAGCAGCUGCCAUAUUCUGAUGGGGUGAAGGAAGGCAUCCUUUGGAAGCGAGGCCGAGACAACGGGCAGUUCUUACCCCGCAAGUUCCUCUUGUCUGAGAGAGAGGGAUGUCUGAAGUACUUCACCAAGCAGGAUGCCAAAGAACCCAAAAUCAAUGUUAAAAUAGAUGUCAUCAAUGCUACAUUCCAGCCAGUGAAGACUGGGAACCCCAAUGGCCUGCAGAUCACCUAUCUCAAAGACAACAAGACCCGGAAUAUAUUUGUCUACCAUGAAAGUGGAAAGGAGAUAGUGGACUGGUUCAAUGCCAUUCGCUCGGUGCAGUUCCAUUAUCUGAAAGUGGCAUUUCCCAUUGCCAGCGAUCAUGAGAUUAAAAAUCGGCUGACGAGAAACUUCUUGAAGGAGGGGUACAUGGAGAAGACUGGUCCCAAGCAGAGAGAGGCUUUUAAGAAACGCUGGUUCACGCUGGAUCACCGGAGGCUGAUGUACUUCAAGGACCCUUUGGAUGCUUUUGCUAAGGGUGAAGUAUUUGUGGGCAGCAGAGAGAAUGGAUAUAGCGUCCAGAAGGGAUUGCCUUCGGGAACACAAGGCAACUUCUCUUGGCACUAUGGCCUCACCAUUGUAACCCCUGACCGGGAAUAUCCCUUCACCUGCGAGACGGAGGCUGACCAGCUGGACUGGAUCUCAGCCUUCACCAGUGUCAUUAACCAGGACAUGACACCACAGGAAUAUGCAAUUGAAGCCUACUUCAAGUUUAAAUCCUAAAGAAGCUGGGAACCUCGCUGUGACUCAACUCUACCUGGUCCUGUUGAGUGGGCUGUCAGGAGAGGAGAGGAGAGGAGAUUGACAUCAGAGAAACACAGUGCUCUUAAAGCACUCUUUGAAGCACUUUUUUUUCCCCCCAUAGACAUUCUGAGGGCCCAAUUAAGCUGCUUCCUUUCAAGUGCAAGACUGUGAGACUUGAAUCCUCAGUGCAAGCUGUCACUGUUAAAUUGCUGUGAUCUGAGUGGAUGCUGGCAGGCCUUGCCUGUCAAGCGGGCCUUGAAAACUUGGCACUUUGCUACAUUGGACACAGGACCUACCAUCACUCCUGUAUGUAACUGCAGUCACCUACCUUACCCAAGAAAACACCUGCCUGGCGGGAGCUGCACUCCAAUGGGUUGCAGGGGCUGCUGGACUAGGAGAGACUGUUCCUCUACAGCAAAUGGCUUCUCUGCUGGAGACAGAGAUGUGACACAUCUAGAUAUUUGAUCAAGUUGGAGCUGUAGUUGAGAAAGCUCCCUUAAAAGAUGCAAUCUAACAGCCAAAUGUGAGGCCUGUUUCCUCUUGCUGUGUAUGGGCUUGAAAUGUGGGGAGACUUUCCUCUGAUUGCUACAGAGGAGUUUGAGAGCAACGUGUGUGUACAGCUGUGUGGAUGUGUGUGUGUGUGUGUAGAUGUAACAAAAAGCGAUGGGAUAUGCAAUAUUGCCCUAGGGAAGAUACUGUGAGGGAUAUUCUUGCUCUUGAAGUUCACCUGCCAAAUUUGAGUCUCUAGUCAGACCAAUGGAGAGAAGCUGGGUCUGGCAGAGAGCAGCCCAUGGCAUGUCUGAUACAGACUUUGGACUCUCUGUCGACUUUACUAGAGCCUAAGGAUUGAUGUCUGAAGUUAGUAGUACCCGGAUCUCUGCUCCCUCGUUCUCAUGUCAAAAGCCUUGCACUUUCACUCUGCCCUAUAUGUAUAUAUUGUAUAUUACAUGUAAUUUUAUGCAGUAGUAGGAACUCUGAAUGCUCAUGCCCUUCAAGCAACAGUUAGCCCUAGCCACUAAAUCAACAUGUGAUUCGUAGCUUGAGGAUUUCUUAAAGCUCUCGUGGGAGAGCUGUGUGUCACAUGCUGGAAGGAGCAGCUGAGUUCUGCUGGUGACUGUGGGACCUGGUGUGUCUGCAGUUUUACACAGGCACGGUGUGAGAGUAGGCAUCUACCGUGUUAAGGGGAGCUAACUGGAAUUAAUGAGGCAGCCAGGAUUUUAAUUAGCUCAUAAAGAAAUGAAUUGAAAAAUCCCACUGUAAUUUAACUUCCUAAAUGAGCUGAGCUGCUAAGGUGGGAGGUCUUUUCUUGAAAAAACAGGCACAGACAACCAGAGCAAGGAGCAGUCCUUCUUCAUUGCAUUUCCCAGGGCAGGUGGACUGGGAAUCUUCCCAUCAGAGACAAAUGGACAAAGGCAUGGUCCAAGGAAGCCCUCUCUGUGCUGAGACCACCACAGCCUGUUGGGAGAGUCAGCUUCCUGGAUGAGCAGUGGCAUCGCUCAUCCUGCUGCCAUGAUAGAGUGGAGCUUUCCACCCAAAAGCAGAUACUCGCUGCAGUUUGCUGAUCCCUCCCAGUUUGGAGCACGACUGUCCUAAAAUCCAAAAUCCAUUCCGAAGCUCGUCUUUCAAAGUGAAAUGCCUUUUGGUUCUGGCAACAUGAAAAUGGGGCAAUCCUUUAAAAAAACAAAGCUCCAUCUGAACAACCUGCACAUCGAGUUCUCCUCUCAGAGUGACCCAGACAUGCCAGGAGUUGACAGCCAGAGGGAGGCCUCUGAGGUUGCC